AUGGGGGAGUACCUGAGGGAGGCAGAUCUCUGGCCGCAGCGCGCCGUGCCGCCCGAUCAGCUACCUGCUCGCCGCUAUUGGAGAUGCCGCCGCUCUUGCGGGCAGUGGAAGCGGGAGAGCGCACCGGCGUGGGGCGGGCACGGCACGGGGAAGCCGCCGCAGACGAAGGACCCGAUGCCGCACCCAGAUCAUCAUCAAGCCUGCGGCAAAGCCCCUGCCGCAGACUGCAUGGAAUCACCAGAAGCCCUGCUGCGCGCGGAGAACUUUUUGACAGACGAUUUCUUCUUUCUCGUGUACAUGGGGCCGGUCGGGGGCAGAUCUUCAAUACCAGAGAGGGAAGGGGAGGCGGGGCAGGCUGGGAGGUUGGAGCACACAUCAGAGAACGGAGUGCCCAUUGCUCAACCAGAAGCCGCAACCCCCCCAUCAGCGCCGUCCACAGUGCUCAGACUGUUUAUGGAAACAUUCAAGGCAGUUGCUGGUGUAUUUGCAGACAUCAAUGCAUGUCGGGAUUUUUUUGGCUGGGUCACGCCAUGCAUCCUAGUGGCCCGACAUCAGCUGCUGGGUGAAGGCAAUGCAGCUAUGCAACACCAGAUUCUGGCUGAAAGGGAGCAAUUUCGUCAUUUGGAAAAUGACAUUUGGAAGCUCCAGACAACUAUGCCCAAGAUGCUUGACCUUAUUGAGCGCGUUGAAUGGCAGAGCCAUAAGAAACCAGCAGCCGAGCUUCUCCCGCACCUUCGUUCCAAAAAGCUUCUCCCGCACAUCAAAGAUGUAGUUUAUGAUGCUGAGGACUUUCUUGAUGAGUUCAAAUAUUAUGCACUCAAGCUGAAGCUUGAGGAGAGCAAGAAUUCAGGUGAAGAACACAUGCAUGCUGCCUUUCAGGAGUUUUUCAUAAGUGUCAAUAAUUGUGACCACUUCAACAAAGUGAAGGAAAUCCAGGGUAACCUAGAUCACGUCUAUCACCAGUCGAAGGAUUUGAGAUUGCAUAAAGCACCAUUGAAGUUUGACAAAUCAACCAGGCCAGACACAAGUACUUUUUCUGAGGUGCCACAAGUAUUUGGUCGUGAACAAGAACUGAAGCACUUGGUGAAAAUGCUAGGAGUACACCCUAGCAAGAGAGGGAGGACUGACGGUGCAGCAAGCUCAAAUGAGUUGUGUGUGCUUCCCAUAUUUGGUAUGGGGGGUGUUGGAAAAACAACUAUUGCACAACAAAUCUGCAAUGAUGCAAAAGUGAAGGAGCACUUUGACUGCAUUAUGUGGGCAUGUGUUUCUGAUGAUUUUAACAUAAAGAGGUUAACUAAAGAGAUUCUGGAGCAAAUGGAACAAGAUACAACAUCUGAUAAUCUGAAUUAUCUUAUGAGAAAACUGGCUAGUUGUGUGGAAUCGAAAAAGUUCUUACUUAUCCUUGAUGACAUGUGGGGUGAUACCAUGAGAGAUGGUGGGAUGGAGUGGGAGAAAUUUUGCGUACCUUUGAGAAAGGCUCUUCAAGGAAGUAUGAUUUUGGUCACCACUAGAUUUAUAGAGGUUGCUAAUCUAGUUAGCACUGGCAUGAAGAGCUACGAGUUGGAGGGUUUACAAGAUGUUGUUUUUUGGGAGUUCUUCAAAUUAUGUGCAUUUGGAUCCAAUAGGACCUGCAAUGACCUAGAGUUGGAGCGCAUUGGUGAAAAAAUGCUUCCAAAGUUGAAGGGUUCUCCUUUGGCUGCAAAAACUCUUGGACGCUUGUUGCAAAGGGACCUAAGUAGAGCACAUUGGGAAUCUAUAUUAACAAGUGAGUUGUGGAUGUUAGAACAAGAUGUGACUGACAUUUUGCCAGCCCUUCGACUGAGUUAUAUGUACCUACCACCAUUAUUGAAGAGAUCAAUUUGUGCACUGUAUCCCAAGGAUCACAAAUUUGAUAAGGAGUUUUUAGUCGACAUUUGGAUAGCACAAGGGCAUGUGGAACUUCAAGAUGCAUCAUUAGCUUUUGACGAGCUUGUAAAAGGGUCAUUCUUUCAGAGAUCAGCCAAUGGCUGUUCUGAAUUGAAGAGGUUAUGCAACAAGAAAAAAUUGUGUUCAUUGGUAUGCAAUGAAUCAUACAGCCGCGCAAAAGAUUUUGCUCCCGUCAUUGACUGUUGGUUCAAGGAACUCCCAAGAAUCCGUGUACUGAGUUUUAGGUUGUCUAGAGUAAGCCAGUUACCUGAGAGUAUGGGGAACUCAAAGCAUCUGCGAUACCUUCGUUUACUCGGAAGUCAUACUUUCAGAACCCUUCCUUCAUCGGUUUGUCAUCUAUACCUUCUCAAAACUGUAGAAGCUAAGGAUUGUGUGUUCCAAAGUUUCCCUGAAGACUUCAGUGAUGCCAUGAGCUUACAAAAAAUUAAAUCAAAGGGCUUUAAUUAUGACAAGGAUCACUCUAAUGCACUCUGUAUACAAUGGACUGGUGAUCAGGCGAUACACAUGAUGGAGAACCAGAUUGAAGCACUGCCUCACUGGAAUCUAAAAAAUUUGAGAAUACAAGAUUAUGGAGGUGAAUCUUGUCCUAGCUGGCUCCAUCCUAACCUCCUGCCAAGGUUAAGUUCUCUGGAAUUGAGUUAUUGUAAGAACAUUCAGAGUGUAUCAUUUUUUGGGCCGUACAUUUGUGAUACAGAUCAGGAAGACAACCUUCGCUGUCUUGAAGUUUUGGACAUCAGAGGUUGUCCUCAAAUCAAUUGGCAAAGUUUUGUGGCCUUCACCCCUUCUCUUAGAAAGAUUAUCCUUCAUGACUUCGGGUAUUUCACGGAUCACUUUGUGAGCUGCUUCCACGACCUCACUGUCCUCACCGAAUGGAAAAUGUCGACCAAAUGGUUAACAUCCAUUCCCCUGCAAGUCUGGAGUAGCAAUUUUCCAGCCCUUGAGAAACUGUAUAUUGUUGAUUGUGCCUCUCUUAUGUCAGUUGGGGUCACUGACGCAAGCAGCAGCAGGAGUGUUGGAGCAUUCUCAUCCCUUAUUGUUCUAUAUAUUAGCGGCUGCAGGAAAUUGUUGAGCCUUGAUGAAUUCCUAACACCUGCUUAUCUACCUGCUGCAAAGGAAAUUUGGGUGACAUGGUGUAAUGAAUUGACGUCCCUGCCAGUUGAUAGGAUCCACCAUUUUACUUCUUUGCAGAGGCUCGUUAUUGCAAAUUGUCCAAAGUUAAAUACACCGAUGGUACUAAGAUUACCAUCCUCCCUUAAGCAUUUCAGUUUGGAGUCAUGUCUGGGCAUAGAGUGCAUCGAUAUUCGCCAGCAAGGGAGUACUCCAGCUCUGGAGGAAUUGAAAUUAACACACUGUUCAACCCUCAGAUCCGUUGGCGGUUCAAUAGCAGUUGCUCAAGUAGAGUCUGUGUAUAUUCUUCAUUGCCCAGAGCUGGUAGAUGUAAGACAGCCUCUUCGACAAGGAAACUGCUAUGCCGACGGCUUAGCCGUCGGCAUAGGGUGGCCUUAUCCACCCACCAGCGCGCAGCAGCCUGCAGCCACUCGUUCUUUGCCACCCCGACGACGACCUGCGCCGCCGCCGCACCCCACGACCUGCGCCGCCGCCCCCCCCCACCCCGACCUGCGCCGCCGCGCCCCCCCCACCCCGACCUGCCGCCGCCGCCGCACGGCCCUCCCCCGACCCCAACAUCGCCCCGGCCUCCCCCCGACCGCGCGACCCUCCCACCCCGUCGCUGUCUCCACCCGCCGUCGCCCCGGCCUCCCCCGGCUGCGCUGCGUCGCCACGGCCUCCCCCGACCCCAACAUCGCCCCGGCCUCCCCCGACCGCGCGACCCUCCCACCCCGUCGCUGUCUCCACCCGCCGUCGCCCCGGCCUCCCCCGGCUGCGCUGCGCCGCCACGGCCUCCCCCGACCCCAACACCGCCCCGGCCUCCCCCCGACUAUGCGCCGGCCGCGGCUCCUGCCGGCCCGCACGCCCGGCCCUCCCGUCCCCGGCCGCCCCUACCUUGGCCCUCCACCGCCGCCCCCUGCUCGCCGCUGCCCCGGCCGCCCCUGCCUCACCGUCCCCGGACGCCCCUGCCUCACCGUCCCCGGCCGCCCUGGUGAGAUGCAUGUUGUAUGGAUGAAUGGAUGGAUUGAUGUAUAUUGGCUUUGUGGUAUUCAUCUCCCUGGAGCCUUCGUCGUCUGGGUUUGGUCUGUGAUCCUGCCGCUGCUCGACUACUUCUUCUACAGCGGAGGGUGA